AAUAAUAACCUCAAAGUGUUCGAUUGCGUGUUUGUUUAUCUUUUAAGCAGUGCAUAUACUUUCGACGAUUUCGUUAUUUAAUGCUGUGGAACUAUAUUUAAAAGCAAUUAUAGCUAAAUAAAAGAAAAUCGUCUUGUCUUCCCAUUUUGUACUCGGCACUGUGUCGCACUUUUAUAUAAUAAAAUCAAUAACAUUAAUUACUUCGUUACAAAGUUAAAAAUAGACAGCACAUGUACGAAUCCAUUAGAUGACGAAUGUGUGAUAUAUUCUCUUUAACAACUAGAUUUUAAUUGGAACUCUAGCGAUGGAACCACCAAAGGACAAAUGGAAUUUUGUUUUGCUCAUUUUUGUUGUGCAUGGCAUUGGGACUUUGAUGCCGUGGAACAUGUUCAUAACUGCGAAAAGUUACUUUGUAGACUAUAAACUAAGCGAUAAUACAAACUCAACCAGUUCCACGACAUAUGCUUCAAACUUUCUUCAAUACCAUAACUUCGCAGCCCAAAUUCCUAAUGUAGUAUUCAAUUGGUUGAACAUAUUCGUUAAUUUAGGAGGCGAUUUGACAAAGCGAAUUGUUUUCAGCAUACUAUUAGAACUAGCUCUUUUCAUAUUAACGGUUAUUUUGGCUAUGGUGGACUCAUCAAAUUGGCCUGGGAUCUUUUUCUGGACAACUAUGGUCACUGUUGUUCUCUUAAAUAUGGCCGGAGGUGUUUAUCAAAACACUAUUUAUGGGAUGGUUGCUACACAUCCAUUUAAAUACACUGGCGCUGUAGUGUUGGGAUCUAAUAUUUGUGGAUUAUUUGUUUCUAUACUAAGUAUAGUAAGCAAUUCUAUAUUUUCAUCGAAACGGACUGCAGCGAUUUAUUAUUUCAUCACAGCUAUGGUUGUUUUACUUGCUUGUUUUGACACAUUUUUUGCUCUGCCGUUAAAUAAAUUUUACAGAUAUAAUCAACUUUCUAGAAAUUCAGUCGACGAAGAAAAAAAAUUUAAAGGAUCUAGCGUACCAUAUUGGGCAAUUUUCAAAAAAAUAUCUUUGCAACUCUACAAUGUUUUUUGCACUUUCUUCGUUACGUUAGCGAUUUUUCCUUCUGUACAUUCAGAUAUAAAAUCAUCGUCGAAUAAUUUCAUUAUACAAGAUCCUGGGUUGUUCACUUCAGUGACAUGUUUCUUGACAUUCAAUCUGUUUGCAAUGCUAGGUAGCUUGACAACGUCUUGGAUUCAGUGGCCUGGCCCAAAAUAUUUGGUUGUUCCUGUAACACUGCGGUUAGUGUUUAUACCCCUCUUUCUAUAUUGCAACUACUUACCACUUAAUGUUGAUAGAAAACUGCCAGUCUUAAUAAGCAACGAGUGGGUUUAUUGGCUCAUCGCUAUCAUAAUGUCAUGGAGCUCAGGCUAUUUAAGCUCGUUGGCCAUGAUGUACGCACCAGAAAAAGUUGAACCAAAAUAUCAAGUGAAAGCUGGCAUGUUUGCAGCUGCAAUGCUCAUAACUGGAAUUUUCGCUGGAAUAUUAUUUUCCUUCUUAAAUCCUUAUUUGAUUGCUUAAGAAAUAUAUUUUAAUAUACUCGUAUUUAAUAAUAUAAUAUUUUAAAUAUAAAUAAAUUUGGAAUAUGUUUGUAACCAUA